AUGACCAAAGAAGACACCGUCGCUCCCAGCCGGGACCAGGAAGUCAUUACUGAUGAGCCCAAAGGCGAGCUCCUCACCGCCGAAUCUGCAGUCAAAGCCAUCAAAGCUGGUGACAAAGAUGUCGAUAUCGCUGCGCAAAUUAUCGCCAACUAUACAGAGGAGAAUGGCGAUAUGACCUGGACACCUCAGGAGGAGAAGAAAUUGAUGCGAAAAGUUGAUUGGUGGUUGAUUCCAAUUCUGUUCGUUUGUGCUACGCUUAGCGGUUUGGAUAAGACUGCCAUUUCGGCAGCUGCUAUCUACAAUAUCAAGGGAGAUUUGCACUUGACCGGUCAGCAAUAUUCAUGGAUUGGAUCGGCGCCUUUCUUUGGAGGAUUGGCAUUCAUGGGACCUUCUGCAUAUUGCCUUCAAAGAGUUCCUGCCGUCAAGUUCUUUGCUCUCAACGUCUUCUUCUGGGGCGUCCUCGAAAUGUGCAUGGCAGCAUGCACUAAUUUCGCAGGCCUCUUCGUGUGCCGUUUCUUCCUCGGUGGCUGUGAGGCCCUACUCAUUCCGGCUGUCACUCUAGUUGUCUCUAUGUGGUAUCGGCCAGAAGAACAGCCAGCUCGCAACAGUAUCAUUCUCAACGUCAUCGCUCCGAUCCUCAAUGGUUUGAUUGCUUGGUCGGUGAGCUACUACCAUGGCCCCUUUGAGGCGUGGAAGAUUAUCUUCUUGGUGCUCGGUAUAUUUACUGUUCUUUGGGCUUUCGUGGUCUUGUUCUUCCUUCCUGACAAUCCCCUUGAAACUCGCCAUCUUACUUCUCGCGAAAAAUACAUCAUUAUCCAACGCAAAGCAUCGGAUAACACUGGAGUUGAAUCCAAGACCAUGAAACCCGAUCAAAUCUGGGAGGCUGUCUUGGAUCCCAAAAGCUGGCUCAUCUGGUUCGCCAUUGUCGCCUUGCAGGUUCCCAACGGUGGUCUUACUACAUUCAACACAUUGAUCAUCUCUGGUCUUGGUUUCAACUCACUCCAGACUUCGUUGCUUGCCAUGCCACCUGGUGCUAUGAGUACUCUUUCCGGUAUUGGAUUGAGUUACUUGGCUGCAAGGACCAGAAAGUACAGAACCAUUCUUGUUGCUGUUAGCAUCCUCUUGCCUUUGUUUGGCGCUGUGCUCUGCUACGCUCUUCCUCGAAGCAACUUGGCUGGUCAGCUUAUCGGAUUGUAUAUUCUAUACACCUACUGGGCACCUUAUGUCACUCUCGUCUCUGUCUACCAAGCCAACAUUGCUGGUCACACCAAGAAAGUCUCCCUCUAUGCCUGGUACUACAUUGCAUGGGCCGUCGGAAACAUCAUUGGCCCCCAGACCUUCCGCGCAGACCAAGCCCCAGCGUACACCGGAGGCACGAUUGCUAUGAUUGUCUGCUACGCCAUCGCAAUCGUCCUGAUCUUGAUUUAUGGCUCCAUUUGCCAUCGCGAGAACAAGCAGCGCGAAGCCGAUAUCCAGAAUGGUGUUGUUACUGCUGAUGGUCAGGAUUGGUUGGAUUUGACUGAUAAGGAGAAUCUGUGUCAAGAGUUCCUUUGUGGCAUGAUAAACACCGACACACAGCCCAACGUAGCAGGCUAUCAUACCAAUGAACCAACAAGUCAGGCUAGCAAUAAUCUCACGGAUGUCAUGAACUUUGCAUAUCGCUUCGACCACGCCACGCUCGAGUCCGACUCUAAUAGAUGGAGCAACCUUCCCGAACUCAUUGACCUCUCCAUACUUCAAGUUGAAAAGAUACCCGAAGAACUAUUCGCACCCGAGACACUGAGACAACCUCAAUAUAUCGAAGACAUGGUUGACGCAUGCCCAAAAGACUGUAAAGUCGUCCUCGUCGUAUUCAGGUGUGGAUAUUAUGCCUUCUUCACUGCACAGUGUUUCGACCAUUUUGUUACCACAAGGGAGAGCAAUGUAAAACCCGUGGGGGUCUGCAAUCCUCAGGUAGUUGAAGAACGACAUCAUGUGCCUUAUUUCUGUUUCCAAAACAUUUUCCCCGUCUGCGAUGAGCUAGAGAAGUCGCUAUCAGCUUUGGAGGCGAAUCAGCGCGAUUGA